ACGUGGGAAAAUGGCGGAGGUAGAAAGUGGGAACUCGUCGGGAGAAGAGAUGGAGGUGAUAGAAGCCGAUGGUGACGAUGAAGGCAUCGAUGAUAGAACACAUAAGACAGGAGAGACGAAUGUGUAUCUUCCGGGUGGAAACAUGGAUGAAGGGGAAGAACUUGUCAGGGACGAAUCGGCAUAUGUUAUGUACCAUCAAGCUCAAACAGGCGCCCCAUGUUUAAGUUUUGACAUCUUGAGGGACAAUCUUGGCGACUCUCGCACGCAGUUCCCUUACACCUGCUUCAUCGUGGCUGGGACGCAAGCCGAAAAGGCGCACCUCAACAACGUGAUUGUUAUGAAGAUGAGUAAUUUGCAUAAAACGUGUAAAGAAGAUAAAGAGGAAGAUGAUGAAGACAGCGAGAGUAGUGAUGAUGAGGAGGAGGAAGAAGAGAAGCCGGAGUUGGAAACAACAACACUGCGACACAUGGGAACAGUUAACAGAAUUAGGAAUACUGUUAUUAAUGACAUACCAUUAGCAGCCACGUGGUCUGAAAAAGGGAGUGUCCAUAUCUGGGAUCUAAAGCAACACGUUGAUGCGUUGGAAGACAGCGCAUUAUUGGCUCGAAUCACUAAACAUGAUAAUACAAAACCAUUGUUUACAUUCAGUGGCCACCAGACUGAAGGAUUCGCUGUGGACUGGUCACCGACUGUUGUUGGUAAACUUGCCACCGGUGAUUGUAAAAAGAAUAUCCAUAUAUGGAACCCGACUGACGACGGAAGCUGGCAUGUUGAUCAACGACCAUAUAUAGCGCAUACUGACUCAGUGGAAGAUAUACAGUGGUCUCCCAAUGAAAAUACAGUGUUUGCAUCUUGCUCAGUGGAUAAAACUAUACGUGUGUGGGACUGCCGAGCGGCACCGAAUAAAGCUUGUAUGCUGACAACCACAGCCCAUGAUAGUGAUGUCAAUGUCAUCAGCUGGAAUCGGAAAGAACCAUUCAUCCUGUCUGGCGGGGAUGAUGGCUUGAUCAAAGUGUGGGACCUAAGACAAUUCCAGAAAGGAAAACCGGUGGCCAAAUUUAAACACCACACUGCACCAAUCACAUCUGUUGAGUGGCACCAUGCAGACAGCACAGUGUUUGCAGCAUCGGGAGCUGACAACCAAAUGACGCUGUGGGAUUUGGCAGUCGAGAAGGACGAGGAAACCACAACAUCGGGUGGAGGAAAUUCCUCACAGGUGGAUGUGCCACCGCAGUUAUUGUUUAUUCACCAGGGACAAAUGGACAUAAAGGAACUUCACUGGCACCAACAGUUACCGGGGGUGAUUAUAAGUACGGCUCAGGACGGUUUUAAUAUAUUUCGGACUAUCAGUGUGUAG